AUGGAAAGUAGCAAAAUGUUUAAUAUUUUAAGAGUCGUGUUUAAUUAUUACAAGAAAAAUUUCAAGUCUAUUAGUUUGUUAGUUUUAUGUUUUUACCUUGUAUUUUUUGUUUAUUUUAAACUUUUUAUUAUAAAUAGCGAUUUUGACGCGGAAUUUGAUAGUGUGAGCAAUGAUAGAGUUUUUGAAAGGGUUGAAGUUGAAGUUAAGAGUAAUAAUUUUCGAGAAAAAGGGAUUUUUGGAAAGUUUUAUGGUGUUAAAGUAAGUAAUAGCAGUAUUGAAAAAGUAGAAGAAAAAGACGGAUAUGAAGGAGUAGGAAGUGAAGAUAUAAGUAAGUCCGAUGAUAAUGAAGUCAAAAAUAUAUUUAAAAAAGAAGAAAGAAAUAAAAUCAAAUUUAGUGAUUUUGUAAAAGAAAAAAUAUUAAAAAAGAAGAAAGAAGGAGAAAAUAAAAGUGAAUUUAAUGAUUUUGAAGAUCAAAACAUAAUUCAGAAGAAAGAAGAAGACAAAAUAUUUAAAAAAGAAAAACAAAGAGAAAAUAAAAGUGAAUUUGAUAAUUUUGAAGAUCAAAACAUAAUUCAGAAGAAAGAAGAAGAAGAAGAAGAAGAAGAAGAAAAAAUAGAUGAAAAUAAAUAUAUUGUAUCAAACUCAAAAUGUCGUCUAUUAGAUCAAAAUCCUUGGGAUGAAAGUAUAAAAAAAUAUAUUGAGCCGCGAGAAUUUGAAUCAUGCGCAUCGACUAAUCCACUGCUCAGUUCAAUUAGUCGAGGUAUUGAUGGAAAUUUCAGUAUCGUUAUUAACGAAGAAAUAGCCUAUGAACAUUACAAUAAUUUGAUAAAUUGUUGUUGGUCGUCAAUUGCCCAAAUCAAAGAAAAAAAACCUACAGUUAAUAAUAACAUCGAAUUCAACGUAUCAGAGUGUCAAGAUUUCAAGGAUCAGGUCCAGAUACCAGUGGGUGUAGAAUUAGUUAAAGUAGUUUGUCGAUCAUUCGAAAACUUAAACAAAAAGAUAUUCACGCCGGAUUAUCAAAAUAUUCAUGUUGUAUUAAAUUCUACCAAAUUUAAAAGUCGUUUUAAAGAUGACAAUCUCAAUGAUAAAAAUGAGAAUAAAAAAAUAAGCGUUCUCAUGUUGGGGAUUGAAAGUUUGUCGCGCUCGAAUUUCAUCCGCAGUUUUCCAAAAACAGAAAAAUUUAUACGAAAUACUGGAUGGACUUCUCUGGAAGGUUACAACAAAAUUGGCGAGAGUUCUUAUUCAAACAUAAUGGCCGUUUUAUCAGGUCUCAAUGGUUCGUCCAGUAGUAUAUACUAUAAAUCAGAAGGGCAGCCAUACCUGGACGAUUUCCCAUUCAUCUGGAAGGAUUUCAAACAAGCUGGUUAUGUUACAGCUUUUGGAGAAGAUGUGGGUAACUCUAACACGUUUAAUUUUGAACAAACAGGAUUCGUUGAUCCUUCAACAGAUUACUAUCCUCGAUCUUAUAUCGUUGCGACAGAAAAGUUUUUGAAACAAAAAAAUAAAAAAAAUAAUAAAUAUUGCAGUGGACCAGAAUUAUCCUUCGAAAGAAUUUUAAAUUACGCGUUAGAUUUUGCAGUCACAUUUUUAAACAAACCGUACUUUGGUUUUUUCUGGAGCAAUUCAGUGACUCAUAAUGACAUCAACGCAGCAUCGUCACUGGAUUCGCAUCUGCUGGAAAAGUUGGAGUCUUUGGAACAACACGGUGUCUUCAAUAACACUCUGGUGAUUCUUUUCAGUGACCAAGGAAUGCAUUGGGGCGAAAUCAGAAACACUUCUGUCGGUUGGUACGAAGAGAGGCUGCCUUUUGUGUAUCUCCGAGUUCCAGAAACUUUCAAGAAUUCGAACAAUAAUUACAAAUACAACACUCGAGAUAUUAUUCAGGCGUUAAAAAUGAACGAGCGUCGAUUGACUUCUCCCUACGACUUGCACGAAACACUCAGAGACAUUUUGGAAUGCGCGGGAGGCAAGUCAAGUUACAGAUCUGAUUGUUCUACCUGCCAAAGUCUCUUCAAAUUUGUUCCGGACGAAAGAGGCUGUGAGGACGUAGGAGUGUCGCCUCACUGGUGUGCUUGUUCAGAGUUUACUCCACAUUCAUCUGAAAGUAAAAUCGCAAUAAAGGGUGCCCAAAAUUUCUUGUCCUAUGUCGAAGAAAUUGUCAAAGACUACGAAGAUGAGGACGGAAGAUUAUGUGCCAAAUUGGAGCUUAAAAAAAUUAAUCGGUUUGAUGAGAUCCGUUUGAAAAAUAAUAAUACGGGUAUUAGGAAAUUUUUCUAUCAAAUUCAAGUUACGCCUGGCAAUGCGGUGUAUGAAUUUACCAUAGAUUUGGAUGAAAAUAAAAACUUUCAAGUGUCUGAACAUGAAAUAAGUAGAAUUAAUUCUUAUAAACAUGUUGCUGACUGUAUUUCUGUUAUUAGUCAUAAAAAAUACUGUUAUUGCUCUAAUUUACUUCAGUCGAGUAAUGUAAAAUAA